AUGCUUCAGCUGGCUAUUAAAGAUGCUGUUAACAAGCACGACAAUGUUAACUGCCUGUUACUGAAAGUCGGGCAGCUGGUGAAAAGUGUGCGCAAGAGCUGCCUGAACACAGAGGAAACCAACCGAUUGGGAGUACGCCCCACGACGGCUUGCACAACGCGAUGGAGCAGCCAACUGCGGAUGAUUCAGUCGGUCCUCCGGUUGUUCCAAAAAGACCCGUUAUGGCAAAACAAAAUCAAAUCUACUGCCGCCAACAUCACCCUAAACGAAGUGCGUCAGCUGACGCACCUUGUCAGUGUAUUAGCACUGCUGGCGGACCUCACAGACAAAAUGCAGAAGGAGCUGGGGAACCUAGGGAUGAUCCUCCCGGCUGUCAAGUCUGCAGCUCUCCUCUCAGGGACAGUCUUCUGCAGCCCUUCUCUGGUCACAGGCCUGCCUGGCAUCUCUCAUCCAUACCAUUCCUCUUUCCAUCCACCCAUCCUUCCCCCUGUCAUGAAAGGCCUGUCCAGUAGUCGGAGUCACCAUCACGUGGUCUCCUAUGAACCAUCAUAUGAUCUACUGGGUCACCAUGUUGACCGCAAGCCAUAUUUGAUCAGUCAGAAUGACAUGCCUGUGCCCAUUCCCAUGCCGCAUCCAGCUGAGCUGUCCUACUACAAUGCUCAGCGUUCCCCGUACCCCUCUGACAGCAACAGCAUCGUACCAUACGGAACCUUCCCAAGGAGGUGCCACUCCACCUCCUCAUCUCACCAUCCUGAGGUAAAGGAUGAGUGUAUGGCCAUGGUACCAUAUGUAGGAGGAGGAGGGGGAGGAGGAGGAGGAGGUGGAGGAGGCUAUGGAGGUAAAACGCCCACCCGGGUACCAGCAAACUUUGCGGACCCGUUUGAGCGUCAGCCGUCAUUUUCCAGAGAUGGCUACCAUACACUGCAGUACAAACGAGGAGUACUGGCCCACAGUGGGGGGAUGGGGGCCAACAACAACAACAGUGACAGCCCAGGGAGAAUUCGCCACCUGGUCCAUUCGGUCCAGAAACUUUUCACCAAGUCACAUUCAUUGGAGGGGCCACACCACACACAGUCCUCCAAGGGGGCCAAUAAUGGGAGCGUUAAUGGUGGUGGUGGUGGUGGAGGAGGUGGUGGUGGUGGUUCCAGGGCCAGCCCAGAAGGUGAAACUCCACCGGUGGGAGUGCGCCACCGGAAGCGCAGCAAGAGCCGCGAGCGCUGUCGAUCAGCGGAGCCCAAGCAUCGAAGCCACCACCACCACCACCACCAGCUCCACGGCUCAGCAUCUGCUCCAGGCUCUGGAUAUUGGAGCUCAGAUGACAACCUGGAACGGGAGCUGUGUCUCUACCACCCUCACCACCACCAACCUCCACCCUCACCCUCACCCUCCAUUUCCCCCUCGCCCAUCGCCAUGACAAUGGGCCGGUACCCCGGCAACAACCACGACAAGUUCCCCCAGACUCCCCUCCCCAGUCUCUCCUCCUCGCAGUCCCAGCAUUACUUCAUGAUGGACCCUUAUGGCACACUAAACGAGCACACACACACCCACGCACACCAUGGCCACACACACCACCAUUCUGCACUCAAAGCCUCCCGGAGCAACAACGAUGUGAAGUAUGCAGCGUCGUCGGCAUGUGUGCCAGUUAGUGGUAGCAGCAAUAACAGCGGUGGCGGUAUCGUUGGAGGAAGUGGCCCCUUGAUGCCAAUGGGUCUUGUGGACGGGCCCAUUGUGAAGAAAGGGGCAUGGUCAUCAAGCCUAACGGUGAGCAGGGCCCGAGAGGUCUACACCAACAACAGCAGCCACAACCAGCUACGAGCCAGCGCAGGAUCCGGUAACCUAAACCUAGAUAGAGCUCUAGUCAAAUCUAAGGGCAGUCAGCAGCAGGAGCGCUCUUGCCAUUUCUUACAGGUACCUCAGGAUGAGUGGGGCGGCUUCUCUCCGCUGGGGAAGGAGGACGACAUCCCCUGUCGGAGGAUGAGGAGUGGAAGCUAUGUCAAAGCCAUGGCUGAGGACGACAGCGGCGACUCUGAUGGGAGUCCCAAACCGUCUCCCAAAGUUCAGGCACGCAGGGCCAGCUACCUGAAAGCCACACAGCCAUCACUGACUGAGAUGACCACUCUACAGAUUUCGACGGAGCACUCCCCCAAACUGCAGAUCAGGAGCCACAGUUACCUUCGUGCGGUGAGUGAGGUUUCAAUCAAUAGAAGCCUGGAUACCCUGGACCCCAAAACCCUCCUCGACCCCAAAUCGCUGCUGUCCUCACCCCAAUAUCGCUCACGCAAUGAAAGCUACAUGAGGGCCAUGAGCACCAUCAGUCAGCUGAGUGAGGUGGAGGUGAACGGGCAGAUCGAACAGGUGUGUGAACAAGUCUACAGUGAGAUGCAGGCCCAGGCCAUGGAGGCUGCCAUGGACAGCAUGGACACCAUGGACACCCUGCCUAUGCCAGGAUGCUUUCGGAUGCGAAGCCACAGCUAUGUCCGGGCAAUUGACCAGGGCUGUGCAGGGGAGGAGGAAGGAGAGGGAGGGAGACCACUGCUCUUGCUGCCAUCCUCCCCACCACGCACAUCUGCCACCACCGUCAGGACCAUCCAGAGCAGCACAGAUCCAACUUUCCCACCAGACCUGUCUGUGUCCUCCAUUCAGCUGCUGAGGGGAUCUCAGGUGCCUGCUGUAGGUGGUCCAGGACUCGGCUCUAUACAGCAGGGUGGGGAGGACAACAGCUCUGUAGACCAGGAGUUUUGUAUGGGCCUUCAGAUCUCUGUCCUCAAACACUCUUUUUCUGAGCCUGGCAAAGGCUCCCCUGGCACAGCUCAGGCGAUGGUUGACGUCAAGGUUGAUGUCAGCCUUCAAGGAUAG